AUGUUAUUAUUGGAUGAAAAUCUAGAUAACAAACGAAGCGAUGGUGGUGGUGUUUGGUUCGGACCUCGAUUGGGAAAACGCGCUGUGGAAUUUGCAUUCGAAGACAACAGGUAUAAAACAGAUGAUAAACGCCGGGAAAAUGUUCUCUUUACACCUAGAAUCGGCAGAAGCCAGUCUGACGAUUUGCCACGUGACGAUUACUCAGACCGCGCAGACGCCGCAGUCGAUCCGAUGGAUAAUAGGGUGAGGUAUUUCUCACCAAGACUUGGUCGGACUAUGAAUUUCUCACCAAGACUGGGCCGGUCUAUGGAUUUCUCACCAAGAUUGGGACGGGAGCUCAUCUAUGAAUUAUACCCUGACAAGAUUAGAGUUGCACGGAGCGCCAACAAAACGAAAUCGACAUAAUUCAUUUAAAAUCUUACCUCUCUAGUACUUAUAUUACUAAAAAAAAAAUAAAAAAAAAUAGCCUUUAGAA